AGCAGUGACCUAUAAAUGAACACCCUUCAGAGUCUUCUGCACGAGUCCUUGAUAGCCACAGGACAUGUGGAGUCCUGCACGCUCUUUAAGAAGGAUAGAACCAUCAAGGCCAGUUCUAUUGGAUAUGAGCCCUCUCCUGAGCAGAUGGAUUCUCUAGUUGAAGCUUUUCACAAUCCAAUUUCAGCUAGAGAACAUGGAAUUCAAUUUAAUGGUGCCUCAUACAAAUGUGUCCGUGCUGAUAAGGAUUCUAUCUAUGCCAAAAAAGAGGGGUCAGGAUUCAUAGCAGUCAAGACAAACUCCAUGGUUAUAUUCGGUACCUAUUCCUCUUCCAUGUACCCCAGCGUAUGUGUGGAAGCUGUAGAGAAACUAGAUAGUGACAUAGAAGAAAUUGUGGACAUACGGAACAGAAAGAGUAGAAAACUAGUUGUUACGAAUAUUAAGGCGAGCUCUUUGUUUAGUUGAUGCCGUAACACAGUUUGUUAUGGCCUAUAAUUAAUAUUAUUUUCAAUUCAAAAAUUUACAAUUUCCAGGGGGGGCGAGCGCGAAAUUACUGGUUCCGAAUGUGAUGCGCAUUAAUCGCACUGUUUCACUGUACAAAUCCCAGUGCUAAUAGUACAUCAUACGAUUAUUAUUCAUUCUUGA